CCUGACUCGUAAGUAACGAGAAAAUGUUCAACUGAAGGGUUUGUACUUAACCAAGUGUACAGCAAUUCUAAUAGUUAUUUACUGCAAUGUUUCGGUAUGAAACACUUCAUGCUGGAUGUAACCGCAUUUCAGAGGCAGCUACAUGGACAAACAAUUUCGGAUUAGUUUAUGGCGCUGAAAAACUCAUAGCGAUUGCCGAUCCUCAAAAGGAGAUACAGUAUUUAUUAGCGGCUCAUACGGGAAGAGUAAAUUGUAUUCAGGAGCUGAAUGUUGAAAAAUCAUUGAUUAUUUCGGGAUCGUCGGACAAGACACUUCGCGUAUGGGAGAAAAAUGACAGCAAUGACUCCUUUGAUGUUCUUCAAACGAUAAAUUUGGAUGGUACACCUGAAAGCCUUAACAUCAAUGGCGAUUUGGUUGUAGUUGGUUGCACAAACAGCAAGUGUGUGGUCUUUCAGUGGAAAGGAGCAGGGAAGAUGCUGGAAGAAGCAUCACGAUUUGAUACUGGAGAGCUAAUCCCAAUGGAUCUAAAAAUGAUAAAGUUUAAGGAUGGAAUUGUUUUGGUUGUUUGUGGCUCUAACAAACGAAUUUCCGUUUAUGGUAGCGAUAGGACAUCUCUUAGUUUUGGUUUAAAAACCGUUUUAACAGGGCAUCUUGAUUGGGUUCGCAGUCUAUCUAUUCGACAAACUUCUGAGUCAAUGGCUACAUUAGUCUCUGGGAGUCAAGAUCGUUAUAUGCGACUUUGGAAAAUUUCCCUUUGGGAAGAAAAAGAUGAAGUCGUUUCAGAUGAAUUUGCUGAAACUUUAUUAUCCAACAAGCCCAUUCGUUUCAUGCUUGGUGGAGUGGAAUAUAAGAUUGUUUUUGAUGCUCUCUUAAUGGGUCAUGAAGAUUGGAUAAUGAGCGUACAAUGGCAUCCUAAAGAAGAGAUUAUUUUAUCUUCAUCUGCUGAUUCUUCGUUAAUAGUGUGGGAGCCGGAUGUAGCUACUGGUAUAUGGUUAGCCAACGGGCGCAUGGGUGAAAUAGCGUCCUCUCACGGAUCUACUACUGCAACAGGUAGUGCUGGUGGAUUUUGGGGAGGAUUUUGGAGCCCCGAUGGUAAUGCUGUCGCUUGCUGGGGAAGAACAGGAGGCUGGAGAUUAUGGCAUAAAUCUGGAGAAGAUUGGGAGCAACUUCCCUGUGUCUCCGGACACACCAAACCUGUCAAAGGUAUUGCUUGGGAUCCCCAGGGUCAAUUCUUCUUUACAGUGAGUUUAGACCAAACAACUCGUCUGUAUGCUUGUUAUGAAAAAGAUAAUACAUGGCGGGAGAUGGCUCGACCACAAAUUCAUGGCUACGACUUAACCUCAAUCCAAUGCUUACCCACACGGACUGGAUUUAUUAGUUGUGCUGACGAAAAAGUUACACGCGUUUUUGAGUUUCCAAAAACGAUUGCCAGAUUGUUAUCGCGUCUUUGUCGUACUCAGAUAUUUGAGGAAAAGCUUCCGGAGGCCGCCAAUGUUCCUCUCUUGGGCCUUUCGAAUAAAGCAACCACUGCUACUGAGACAGGUACUGUUAAUGCUGAUGAAAUUCAAACUCCAUUAAUUGACGUGAUUGACUCUUUGCACCAUCCACCAUUUGAAGAGCAUUUACAGCGUUUGCUGCUUUUUCCAGAAAUUGAGAAAAUUUACGGUCAUGGUUACGAGGUUUUUGCGUGCGAUGUUUCGCAUAGAGGUGAUUAUAUAGCAACUUCCUGCAAAUCCCAGUCUCCUGAACAUGCAAUGAUCCGUUUGUUUGAUACAAACGUUUGGAAACAGCAACAAUUGCUAUCCGGUCAUUCAUUAACUGUAACAACGAUUAAGUUUUCAUAUGAUGAUAAAUACUUGUUGACAGCAGGACGUGAUCGACUCGUUUGUAUUCAUGAAUUUUCUCAGGCAGAAUCGAAGUAUCUGCCGUAUGUUGUUAUCAAAGCACAUUCCCGUAUUAUAUGGGAUGCUGCUUGGGCACCAAAGGACAUGGGUUAUUUAUUUGCUACAGCUUCAAGAGAUAAGAUGGUUAAGUUUUGGCAAAUUUUGGAUGAUAAAAAGGUUAAAGACGUAGUAGGUCUGCAAUUUGCAGAUGCUGUAACUGCCUUGGAUAUUGCUCCAUUCUUUCAUGAUAAUCAUCUUUUACUGGCAGUCGGUACAGAAUCAGGAAAAACAUAUGUCUGGAAGUGUCCUAAAGAUAAUCUAACGAAAUGGACUCCUUUAAAGUUGCCGGAUACAAUGUCUCCCAAGGAACCAGUAAACAAAAUUGCUUGGAGACCAAUUUACGAAAAAGAGGGAGAGUACUCUUUGUUAUUAGCUGGCGAAGACACGUCAAUUCGCAUGCUUCGUGUACAGCUCAAUUAAAAAAAUAUAUAAAAGACGCGAUAGAGUCAUUGGGUUUUUGAUUUUGGACAACGCCAGAUAAUUAAUAUAAGUCCGGAAGAGCGAUCUUUCUUUAACAAUAAAAAUACGUGUUCUUGAAUAAUGUUGGUUACCUCUGAAAUGUAUAUGGAAAAAAAAAUUACUUUGAUCAUCUUGAUUUUUCUAAUAUGGAGUUGCGAGAUGACUAGUAACUAUCGAUUUGGAGUUUGGGUUUUUGGUUUUUCAGCUUAUGACUAAGAUAGUUGUUUAUUAACCUAAGUUUAGUAACUGAACCAAAAGGUACUAGAUUUAUAUUAUCAUGAGUACUUUAACAAGUGAAGGUUGUUUUUCAUUAGUGUUUAUCAUAUGAAAAUGAAGUUGAAUUCGGUUAUUUACUUUCAAUGUUUUUAUAAAGAGUCUUAAGUUGCUUCAACAAUACAAAGCCGUAAAAUAAAAUAAAAGUAGG